UCAGGAUGUCUUGCAUACGCUGAUGGAAUUUCAGCCGCUGGUCAUCUGAUCUUAUCUACCGCUCGUCUAAUAUUCUCAACACGAAAUAAUUAUGCUCUUACGAAUUGUUGUACUCAAGGCCUCACGAAUCCCCGCGAAUCCUUGCCUGAUGCACAGGAAGCCUUGACCUCUUUACGAACCCAUCAACCCGCACGGCCCGCGCCAUGGGGAAAUCCAGCUCCGGCCGUCAUCAAAGUGGCUCACAAGGCUCGUCCAGAUCUUUGCGCCGCACUGUUGAAGAGAAUGGCAUUCGCAAAGAUCGGCAUGAUUCCGAUUCAAUAUCGACAUCAUCCCGCCGCAAGUCCCGUCGACAAGACGCAGAGGAGGACAGCGAGGGAAAUGCACGCGCAUCGCGAUCGGCCGAGACCACGUCCUUCACGCCUGUCCUCACAGCUGAACCAUCGGAGAUAUCUGGCACAUAUUAUACUGCACAGAACGGUAGCGAGGAAAGAACUCAGGAUUUCUCGCGCAAAAGCCGUAGGAGUUCUAGAUAUGCCCAAGACAGAGGGCGGUCUGAAGAUCUGGAAAGAGAUGAGUAUACAAGUAUAAGCAAAGGAGACACUCAGAGCGGUCGCCGAGACUCGCGCAAGUCGAGCAAGACGGAGAGAAAGAGCAGGACUCGCACAUACGAGGGCAAUGAGGCGUCGUUGUCCCAAAAUCAGUUCCCAGGAGAAUUUCCUGCGACCUAUGCAGAGCCUUACCGCCCGCCUGGUCUGGCUGCCGACUACUACGGCGACAACGGGGAGUCUGUCGCGCAGCAACCUGGAGUCCGGCCAAACCAACCUAGCAUUAUCACCAGCGCUGACCAGACGCAUCUUAUGGAACCAACCCCGGACGCAAAGCCGCCUCCCGAACCAAGUAGUAUGGGUCAGGUUGGUGCAGCUGCAAGCUAUUUCGGUUCAGCUAAAUUCGAGUCGGACUCUGGAGUGCAGUCGACCCCUUCUAAGCCUACCCAAAAGCCGAAUCUGAAGCCAGGCAGACCAUCGAAGCACGGUCAGACUGGAACAAGCCCAAGGUCGAGCCCUGGUCCUCAAGGAACCCAGUCGCUUCCAGGAGCACCGCCCUUGGGUCUCGCUGCCGAGUAUUAUGCAGGUGGAAGUUUGGAACCUAUGAAUGGACCUGCAUACCAGACGCCAUCUCGCCCACCACCAGGAGCUCAGGUCUCUCCUGCACCAUUCUCAGCACCUGCUAAUUUUGGUGGGCCUCAACAGCACUCCAGCGCAGCGAUGUUUGGCGGCUCAGCUUUGGCUGGGGCUGCCGCUGGAGCAUACAUGUCAGCUCACUCACAUCACGGGGAGUUCCAGAGUCAACAUUACAGCUCUGGUACAAAUGCGCAAACAUCCUCACAUGGCCGCCCACAUUCACAUCUUCCCCAAGGUCAGACACAGCAAGUCCAUCGUCACAAACGUCGUGGGCCUCUAGGUAAACUUGUCGACUGGUUCCGCGACCCAGAUGCGGUGGCGGAGUAUGAACAGUACACCGAAGCGAUUGGUGUAUGCAAAUACUGCUUUGACCCCACUAGUUCGCCAGCAGAUGCACCUCGUAGGCAUCAUUAUCACCCGAAAAGUCGUUCUUCUGGUGGUCCAAACGGUAGUACCUCUCGCGUGGACAAGACUUACCGGUACUCUUCUGAUGAGGAGAGACGGCGUCGAUCAGGUGUAAAGAAAGCGGUCGCCGGCGGACUGGCAGGUUAUGGAGCAGCCAAGAUCGGAGACGCAAUGUACAAGAACAAACACGAUUUCGACGAUACAUAUUCUGUCAGGUCUGGAAGGCCGGUCAACCAAAAUCGAGUCAGUUUCCAGGAUGACCAGCGCUCCCAUCAGCGCAGAACCCAACGAGAUACAGCCUCAGAAGACAUCAGUCGAAGAGAUCACGAUGUCUCCUACAGCUCGAGUAAGAUUCAUUCGCAAAGCCAGAGAAGACGCAACACCCGACGUGAUUCCAGUACUUCAUCAGCGUCACGUGGCUUGUCUAGGGGUGCUGCAUUCAGUGUCGCGGCUGCUGGUGCUACAGGACUAGCAAUGGGAGCCGCCGCUGCUAGUGAUACAUCAAGGCGGGACCGGAGUCGUUCACCGCAGCAAAAACGCUAUUACUCAAAGCGGGUCUCGCCUAGGCAUUCUUAUGUCGACCUCUCAACAACUAAUGAAGGGUCAGGUGGCUUGAUGGGCUUUUUCACAAGCCCCUCAGCAAACAAGAAACAGGGCCACAAAAGCAAAGGAUUUUUCAAUUUUGGCAAUGCAUCGAGCUCAUCGUCUGAUGCCGACCUUGCUUUCGGGGCGGCUACUGUGCGUCGAAGGAACUCCAAUAAACGCCUCCAUAACAGCAAGCGCAGGCCGACUCGACGAGAAUCAAGUGAAGCUAUCAUGGGCCUCGUGGCAACAGGCGAAGCAUUGGCUGCUGAAAGUCUUCGGCGAGAUAAGAGAGGUAAGCAGAGAUUUGAUGCUGAUAUAACAACAGGACGACAUGACACACAAUAUGGGGGACGUCGUGUUCCAACGCAAACAAGUCACGAUUCAAGCGGUGGAAAUGAUGAUGAAUGGUACGAUACCGAUGACGAUGAUAAUCGAAGUUCUUCAAGUAUAGACUCCGCGCUCGCGUAUGGAGGAAGCGUCUCAGCAAUCCAGAGCCGGGAGUCACUCGUCCCAAAUAAGAGACCGACAAAGCCUACGGAGACAUCACCUUAUCAUGGCUCUACUAUAGCAGGAAGGCAACCUCUACAGUACGGCGACGACUCCAGACGCUUGAAUGGCCACGAUGCUUCAGCAUUCAAUAUUGGCUCCGCUGGAGUCCUAGCCGCAGGUGCAACUGCAGCUGGCGUUUUGGCUGCCUCAUAUGGCCGUGAUGAGAUACCCCCGGUUGCAGCCAGCCACAGUGAUCUUCCUCCCAUGCGAGAAGUGGAACCGAGGCCAAUCUCGAAUCACGGUUUCAGUGCCCCAAAAUACAUCGUGUCCGAACCGAGAAAGGUUUCUGCUACGUCCGUACCCUUACAGCAACCUCAGCCUGUAGUCCCUGUGGUACCAUUCUUCCAUGAGAACGAAUUCGGUCCAACGCGCAAGACAGGACGUCAUGCAUCAACUGACUUCUCUUCAACGACUGACGAUUACCGCAAUGGUCGUCGGCAAGGUGACCUGGACUCACGACAUCAGUCGAGGCGCUCCAGGCGUGACUCAAGUCCAGCCAAACUGGGUUCUCAGGAUCAGAAGAGCAACGUUAGUUUCAGCCUGACUGAAUCGCAGUUACAGAACGAACACCGUGCUGAAGAAGGAGGAAACGUGUGGGGAAGUGGACGCGAUGACAAAAGACGGCGCAGAUCUGCUGAGGUCAACUAUACGAGAAAUGAUUUGGUGGCCGAACCGGGUGCCUUGCAGAGGAUGGCACACCCGGAAGCGACACGCUCAUCCAACUCUCGACACUCUUCGUUAGAUUCAUCCGAUGAACGAGUUGCAGAAAUCGAACGUGAGCUGAAGCGUCUCUACGCAGAGCAACAUGAGGCAGAAGAACGCGAGCACAAGCGACGCAACGAACGUUCAAGUGCCGCCGUCGCCGCCGGCGCCGCGGCAGCAGUAGCAGCCACUGUUGCUCUGGCAUCAAAGAGCAAGAGUAGCAAUCCACCAGAGGAGGGCGCUCCUCGUCGUAGAUCGAGCUUGAAGAGGUCGAAGGAACGAAAGGCCUCUCCGCCCAUGGAGACUCAACAAGAGCGGAUCGCAAAAAUGGCAGCGCAACGUGUCAGAUCAACUCCGUCACCAGUCCACGAAGAUUAUGGCUCCUUUUUCGUUCCGCAAGAGCUUCAAGAGCACCUGAAAGAGCACAAUGCUCAAGCCGAACACCGGGAUGACAUGGAUGCAAACGUGGUUGAAAUUGUUCCUGGAGCGGCGCUUUCGAAACCUCGACAUCCUUUCGAUCCUUUCACUUAUCGACCUUUCGGCCUGUCACUCGAAGAUGAUCCUUCGUCGUAUCCUUGGACAGUUCCCAUGCUGGAACUCAUUGAGCCAACUCCACCCGGUAGCCAGACUCAUAGUGUCCGGGGUGACACAAGUCCUCUUGUUGAACCGCAGUUGUCGAAGCAGGCGGAAGACGGAAAUAACAUUGUUGGGGAGCCUCUGGAACGGAAAACUAGCAAUGGGUCUAAGGUGACCUGGGGUGAUCAUGAUACUUACGUGUACGAAGUGCAGACCCCCGAGUACGAACACACAGAUUUCAUGCCCGAAGGAAAGCCAAGGGAUGAAGCCGAAACUGCAGAGACAUACCAAGAUCGUCCGACGUCAAUGGACGAAGAGGGAAAAUCUCGUCCUACCAUGAGUCGUGUAUGGACUCUGGAAGGGGAUGACGCUGCAAAGUUGGAGAAAGAGGUGCCUGUUGUAGAUGACAGACCUCAUAUAAGCCGUGCCUGGACUGUGGAUGACACUGAAGCCGAUCAAAUUGAGACUGGCCCAAAUCGCCAACCAGCAGCCUCAACUGGAGACAGCCGCGAUCCGACUUCCAUUUCGGCCACUGAAGACCCAAGUCUUCGAACAGUCUCUCAAGGCCCCUUCUCCGAAACCGUGAGUGAUCUGGGUGUGAAUGGCAAGAUCGACAAUGAUUCUCAGCUGGGUUCUACCGCCACCUCGCACGUGACGAGUCAAUAUCCAUUGCAUCAGGGUACCGAGGAUAGAUCACAAGGGGUGGCAGGUAUACUGCAAGACGGUAGCUGUCAGGAAUUUGCUACACCUGUGAGGGCAAGUAAGAGUGAGAAGCGUCGUCAAGAGCGUGCGAGCUCAUCACGUGAGCAAUUCGAUUCAUUGGACAAUGGCGAAAUACCGCACAUCCCUGGAAACGAUAGCGUGUUCGACUACCUUGCUGAUAGCAAAGGAGAGUCUGCGCCUACUAACAUGCCGGCAAAUCUUGACGAUGCAGCGCAACCUGGCUCAAUAACCGACUCCGUACCACAUUAUCAGUCAGAUCCCGAAGAAUGGGAGCGCCAAAAGGACACCAAAAAUCCCAAAAAAGGGAAACGAAGUUCUAAGAGCGACGUCGGUUCUGGGCGCAAAUCACCGAAGAGGACUGACAAAGACAUCCCAAUGCCUGAACCAGAGAUCGAGCGAGUUCGCCGCUCUCGCACGCUAGACGAUGUUUCUGACUUGCAAACCAAAUCUGAAGCCGGGAGAUCGAAACGCAAAUCCAAACGUAGCAGUACAGGUUUUGGUGAACCUGAGCCCAUCGAUGAUGACAACCAUCGUUCCAAAGUGAGUGUGCCAUUAUCCUCUGAAAGGACCGAUGACACAAAGGCUGGAGGGUUCUUCAGCGGCCUCUUUUCCAGCAAUAAAAGUGACAUCAGUACGUCCAGCAAGAAGAGUUCAAAGUCAUCUAAGUCAGAUAGCCGAACGAGCCGGGAUGGCGAGGAUCGGCGCACAUCGCGAGGAAAACGAUCCUCAAAAGAUUUUGCCUUUGAUCCUGGCGAGUCCACUGCUUCUGAGCCGAGCAGGAGCCGUCGUACUUCCCUGAGCCGCAAUGAGUCGCAACCUUCGAAAUCAAGAGAUCAAAGCGUUGAUGAUGGAUUUGUCUCAGCAGAAGAAGACCCCAGCAAACCCACCCAGACGCCUGUCGAAGAAGCGUCUUUUUUAGUGAGGCGCCCCGAAAUGCCACCCCCAAUGGUCACAACUAUGCCAAUGGAUACUGAUGGUGUCUCGGGGCUUGCAACCGAGAAACAUCAAUCGAGGAAGGUUGACACCGAUGCUGUUGUCUCUCCCGGUUCCCAGCCAGAGACUGCUGUAGAAGUGAAUAAGCCUCAUGUAUCCGGACAAGAAGAACUAACUGAAGGGACAACUACUCUUCCUGUGCCAAGUGCAACAGACGCAGAAUCGUCCCAUGAAGCCCUCCAUCCCUCUACGCCCCAACACGCUUCUUCUCAGCGGCUUUCAGCUCUAAGGACAGGCGAAUUUCCGUCUAGCCCAAUGGCCACUAGUUCCCCGACAGCAGUGCCGUUGCAUUUUCGACGGCCUCCUGUUUCGCCAACGACUGCGCGGUUUUCCAUGAGUUCACCGAUUGCUUCACCUAUAUCUCCCCUAGCUACACCACGCACGAGGCAGGGAAGACCAAAGUCCACGGAGUUUCGUUCGAGUAAGGAAUUCCGGCCUCUUUACCUUGUCGAGAGGCAGAACUUCGCGAAAACUUUGGAAUCCGAGCCGGGCGAAGAAUAUCCAUCCCUACCUUCAAGCAGGACGAGUUCGGCGCAUGCCUCGACAGAGAACCUUCGAGCGGAGGCCCAAACGCAAGAAUACAACCAAUUCACCCCUUCCCGUGUCAGUGCUGAAAUGUUCCGUGACCGUGGUAGAAGACACAGCUAUUCGUACUGGCACGACGAGAAGAGGCGGGAAUCCCCAGAUUAUCUGGACUCUCGAUCGGCUACUCCGGUCCCAACUGAGGCUCAACGGGCACGCGAUUCCGAAAAGAAGCCAAAACCCAAGUACGAAUUUCACUCCCCAAGUGAAUUGCUCCAGGAUCCGGCUGCGUACGAGGAAGCCGCUUUCCUUGAUGAGGCUGAUAGGCCAGCGAGCCCCCUGCCCAGCGUUGUUAGUACCGAUGCUGAUCAAGACUACAUGAGUGCUCACAGCAGAAGCGCGUCCCCAAUAAGAGCGAGGAGUGUUAGUCGGGGAAGAAGCAAGUCAACCUCCAGAUCGACUUCUGCAGCGUGGGAAGAUGCAAUGACAACAACGGCCGCAGGUGUUGUUGCUGGUUCCUUGCUGGCGGCUGGUGCACACGAAGUGCUGAAAAGUCCAGGGAACGAUGUACGGAUGGCCGAGACCUCAGUGCAGGAUAAUCAUGAUACAUCGAGUACACCAGGAACCCCUAAAGCCAAGCCUGAUGCUUUGCGUGAUGGCAACAUCACACUCAGUGAGGAUCUUGUGACUCAGAAAGAUGUACCCCUAGCAUCACUUCCAAAUACGGAAGACUUGCCGGCUGAGGCAGCGGAAGCACUUUCUGAUCCAGCAGGCCGGCAAAGAGAACCAGGCGAACCAGAUGCUACCGAAGCCUCUCGAGGUGCGAGUACAGACACAACAUUAUUACCGGCCGAAAACCUCGAGAAUGACCAGCCAUUUGUUGGUUUCAAGAUCAAAAAGUCAAAGAAGGACAAAAAGAAGAAACGGAAUUCCGUGCCUCUCGAGGCUGACAUCGCAGUCUCGGACGCAGCUUUAGGCGAUGACCUUGUUGCCAACAACGGCCAAUCUGGCAACAACGAAGUUGCCCCUGGUGACAGACAGCUGAAAGACAUCUCCUUUGUCAAGGAUCAGGACCCAUCGGCGCAGGCCGAAGAUGGCAGAGAGCUGGAGCGUCCUGUCCAUGAACCUUCAACCGAAGCACCAUCAGGUCAAGAAGCACCAGAAAUGAAAGCUGGAAUGCCUGACAAUGUUGGUACGGUACAAGAGUUAACCCGAAGCACUGAUGCCCACGAGAUCUCUCGUGAUGCUGCAGAGUCCAGCCAGUUAGAGUCAAGCCCGUUUGAGGAAGCAUUCGAUGCAGCAAUCGCUGCAAGAGGUCUAACUGCUGGUUCCACAGCCGAAGACGCUUUUGAAUCAUUGCAGGCAGAUCACAGCGAACAGCAGGAUCACAACGGUGCUCUACUGACCACGAUUGACGAGGUUAACGAAUUGCCUCCGUCUGCAAGUGAAAUCGAGCCGAUAUAUCCUCAGUUGGGACGGAAGGUGUCCAAGAAGGAGAAGCGGAAAGCAAAGAAGUCUUCCAAAGGCCUCUCUGAUGCUGUCGAAGGCAUUGAAGAAAGCUCCACCCAGCGAAUGGAGGCCUUGACAAGCAAGGAGCCAGACGUGUCGGAUAUUCCGACCCAUAUCAGCCUUGAUAAUCCUGAAGGUAACCUCCAAGACAAGAGUAAGCCUAAUCCUUUCGGCAACGACUUCGAGAUACAAGAAGAGGACGCGAUUGCUUCGAAUCACGAUGUGUUGCAUGAUUCAGAUGUUGCUCCUGUAGAAGUUCCAAGUGUCGCCGGACCUUCGGGAAAUGCUCAACCUACUGUUGAAGAGCAGGGUGGUGAUGAAGAAUGGCCUGUUGAGGUCAAGAAAGGCAAAAAGGGCAAGAAGGACAAGAAAAACAAGAAAAAGAAGGGGUCAAGUUGUGAUGACGAGGAUACAAACGCUGAGACACCACAAGUUACGCAAGAUGCCGUUACUGCCGACACACCCGAUGCACUACCGAGUCCAGCUACACAAUAUGUGGGCGAGCCGAGUUAUGAACCUUCGGCUGAUGCAGUUCAGCAAGAACCAGAUUCGUCGCAGGCCGUACAGCCAGAGGCAGACGACAUCUGGGCACCUGCCACGAAGAAAGGCAAGAAGAAGUCCAAGCGGAAAAGCGUCGCAUGGACGAAUGAAAAACCCGAGGUAGCUUCUACAAAAGACCUGGUCUCUACUCCCCUUACGCCAGAGUCGGGUUUUGCAGUGGACAAGCACGACGUCUCUGAUGUUUCAAUCUUCGAAAACGCUGCAGCUCUAGAGUCAAACAGGCAGCAAGAAAUUGCUGAGGGUUUCGUGAAGCCAUCUCAUGCUGCCGAACCAGACCAAGGACCAGGCCAAGAUAUUCAGGUUGCUAAGAGCACCCUAAUGGAACCUGGCUCCAUUGUCCAAGACAUGACGUCCGCCGCUGUGCCGGUCUCUCAUGACGGCCUGGAAAGAGCCACUGCAACGGAAGUAUCUGAUGACAGAGUGCCACUCCAGCAAGAUCCUGCCCUGCAAACAGCGAAGGACGCCGACGAAGACCUUUUCAGCAUCAGUGCACCGAAAUCGAAGAAGGAGAAGAAAGGCAAGAAGAAGCGCUUGACGCUCGACGAAGACGCCACGGAGGGUCCGGCACCAGAAGAGACAAUACAACAGCCCGACACAAUCGUGCCUCCCUCCAAGGAAGCAUCAUCAACGGGUCAGCCGACGACAGAUACCGAGGCGCCCGAAACUCGGCAAAAUCUCCCGGACCAUAGUGCAAGCUCCGAAUAUUCAAUGUUGGAACCGAAGAGGUCGAAAAACGAGAAACGGAAAAAGCGGAAGUCGACAUUGGACUGGACUUUGAUGGAGGAUGAGGCAUUGGCCAAUCCAGCUGAAGAUGGUCCCAAAGAAGGGGUUGCCCAAGCAGAAGAUUCUGGCCCACACCCGUCAGACAAAGAUGUGGCUUCCGGUACUACUCCCAUCGCGGACGACGCAGCCAAUCCUGAAAGCCAGAUGCCGUUCGAAAGCACUGCCUCAGCUGAUAAUCGACCCGAGCCGACCCCUCUCGGGGAGCCCUCCUUUGCUCAAGAGCCUUCAGUCGAGACUCCUGCGGUUGAGACUCCUGCGGUUGAGACUCCUGCGGUUGAGACUCCUGCGGUUGAGACUCCUGCGGUUGAGACUCCUGCGGUUGAGACUCUUGCGGUUGAGACUCCUGCGGUCGAGACUCCUGCAGUUGAGACUCCUUUAGUUGAGACUCCUUCAGUUGAGACUCCUGCAGUCGAGAACCCUAUGACAGGGGUCCAUUCCGCCGAAGCAGAGGGUACCGGAGAUCUUUCAAGAGAACCUCUAACUGAGCCUACCGGUCCUGAGACGAUCACAGACCAGACACCUUCGGAAGCAUUCUACAGCCCGGAGGUGGGAUCAGCCGACGUCUCUGCACAAAUCUUGCCCACAGUGGCGACAGAGGAGAAUGCUAAGACAACUGAAGAUGUGUCUUGGGAAAUACCAGUGAAGAAGUCUAAGAAAGACAAGAAAAAGGACAAAAAGAAGGACAAGCGGCUCUCAGCCUUGCAAUCUGCCCCGGAACAGUCCAGCUAUGUAGAGGGCAAUGAACAAUCAAAGAGCGACACGACUGGGAGUGACUUCCAGCCUGUUGAGAGUGCUUUGAUGACUGAACCCGAAGAGCCUGCUGUUACAGCGCAAUCUGGGGUGCCUGAGCAAGCCUCGCCCGAAGAAGAAUGGAAUCUGACUACCAAGAAAGGCAAGAAGGACAAAAAGAAGAAGCGUCAAUCUACUCUCGGAACAGCUCCGACUGAGACCGACAUCCUUCCUCCAGACGUGGUAGGCAUUUCCUCAACAGUAGCAGCUCCUGUCACGUCGGAAGCUGCCCGGGAAGCACCCAAUGUGACACCCUCUGACGACGUUCAGGUUUCAGCGACAGGGUAUGAGGUUGAGCAGAUUCUAAGUCCUGCUCAAGCCGUUGAAGAUGACAGCAUUUGGAAUUUCACAUCAAAAAAGUCAAAGAAGGACAAAAAGAAGAAAAAGCAACAAUCGGAUCUUCUCGAACCCCAACCCGUUUCCUUAGAGCAAGAGCAAAAGCAAGAGCAAUCCGAGGACUCAAAGCCAGAUGAAAAUUCACUUUCUCAGAACAAUCAACCAACUGCAUCUGAUCCUCAAAAGGCAGUUGAUCAUGCUGCAGGCUCGGAAGCGGUAGAGGCUAUAGUCGCCUCACCUUUGGAAACAGUCAAGGAGAAGAAACAUACCGGUGAGUCAAGUUUUAAUGAAUCACCUCCAGUAUCGGAGAACGUGGAUCGUAUAGAAGGAGAAGGUCUGGCUGAACAUGUCGGUCCACACGAAUCUGCUAUCGAUUGGCCCUCAAUGGAUCUGCCAAUGCCAAAGGCAUCUUUUAUAGAAGUUGCCGCGGGCAAAACACCGACGACCACCGGUGACCCAGUGCCAGCAGCCAGAGAUCUAGAGCCUCAAGUAUCACUGCAAAGUCAAGAAUCUGUGCUGUCUGAUGUUGACAACUUCAAGGACACCGAGGUCGAAAAAGCUGAACUCCAAACUCAAGUGGACAACAUCCCACCAGCUCAGAAGCAGGUUGAAACCUUCGGUAUGGAAGAGCCUGAUGUAACCCCUCAAGAUUUGGCCGAAUCUUCUUUCGCUCACGUAUUCCCAUACGACAAGGACCCCCAGCCUGCUGUUCCGGUGACGAUCCCAGAUGCGGAAUCAAUUAUGACUUCCAGGACACCUUCUGAUCAAGACAAUGCCUCGGGGAGUGCAGAAAUCCCUGCUGUCCAGGAUCAACGCGAUCCGGUCACGGACGAGUGGACAAUUCCGACCAAAAAGUCCAAGAAAGACAAGAAGAAGAAACGCCAAUCGAUUUGGGAUGAAGUUACCCCAGAAACUGACAAGGUCCAGAAUGCGUCUCAAGAGAAGCCAGAAACAUUAAUGCAUAAUGAGAUUGCACAAGUUUCGUCUCAGCUACCAGGGACACUUGAGUCUGUCAAUGACAUCCUCGAAGAGUCCUUAGACCCUGAACCAAUCAUAAGCGAAGAGCCUGGGCACAUGGAACAUGUGCCCGUUUCAGCUGUCAAAGAGAUUAAUGAUACUGGAGCUUCUUCCGAGCUUCCAGCAACGUCAAUGGGUCGGGCAGCAGAGCCCGCAAUUGAGGACGAAUGGGGCGUCAGUAAGCUGUCAAAGAAGGACAAAAAGAAAAAGAAGAAACGCCAGUCCACUCUUGAUGAGGGUUUCCUUCCCAAGGAAGAAGAAGAACCUGCAUUGGAGCAAGCUCGGGAUUCCCUCACACCUCAAGCUGAACCUGAAUUGCCAUAUGAGAGCACCCCCCACGUGACAGAAGAGCCAGAAUCAACGACUCCCUUCGACCAAGCCUCUGAGGACACAUGGGCUGUUAAGAAGUCAUCAAAACAGGACAAAAAGAAGAAGAAGAAACGACAAAAUGAUGCGGGAAAUGAUACAAUUCCCGAGCCGAAUCAACUCGGGCCAUCUUCAAUCCUGAUCGAGGAGCAGAAUGAUGCAACUCCAAGCGAUGUCCGGCCACCACAGCUCGAGAAAGACCCACAUCCAGAGAGCAAUGCGACAGAGGAUUCCUUAACCUCGCUCCCCGUCGUUCAAACUGCCGAAAAUUCGUUUGUUCAGUCACAUCCGACAGAACAGGGCCGGCACCAAGAGCCUGGCGAGCCCGCAAUCGAAGCAGAAAUCGAAGACGUGGCCACGCCGCUGGAACAUCUUGAAGGUCAAUCUUCUUCGCACCACAUCAGCGACCAGAACGAUGGAGAAGAGUCAAAGCAGGAGAGGUCACUUGACAACGCCGAUACGGUCACCAAAUCUUCUGAGACAACUGACUUGGACACUGUGCCUCGACAGACUGCUGCAGAUGCAGUGUACCCUUUCCAGCCUACUGUUACUCCAAAUUCCGAAGUGACCGAAGCACAAGAUAUGCCAAAGUCAGAACCAUUCGAAUCAUCGAAAGAUGCUGUCUCUAUUGAAGAACCACGUGAAGAGGACUGGGGCCUCGAUACGGCGAAGACCAAGAAGGACAAGAAGAAAAAGAGAAAGUCUUCGCUGGACACUUUCGAGCCCGAUGAGUCGUCUGUUGCACCACUGACUCAGCCUGAAGCAGAUGCCGAGAACGCAAAUCCUGGUACAUCGCUGCCGGCCACAGCCUCGACCAAAGAGCUGAAACCUGAAGCCGGCAUUGAUGACGAGUGGGCCUUGUCCACAAAGAAAUCCAAAAAGGAGAAAAGAAAGAGUAAACAGGCCAAGAUGCAAGAGAUGUGGGAAGAGCGGCAGCAACCAAAUCCGAUUGCACCGGUGCCUCUGGACUUGGCGCCUAGUACGAGCCCUCCUAAGAGCGAGAGAGGCGGAGAUGACGACGUAGAAGCAGUGGCAGAAAACGUGCGCGAUACACAUGGGGAAUCAUUACCUGAGUCGCCCGAAAUGCCUCAGCCUUCAGCUGAUACCUCCGAUCACGACUCUCGACAAGAAUCACAACAGGCUAUAGCUGGUGAUUCUGUCCAGGAUUCCAGCGAUCAAGCAGAACCUCCGCGACCUGAAAUGGAUUGGAGUUUUUCGUCCAAAAAGUCCAAGAAGGACAAGAAAAAGAAGAAGCAGUCAAUUCUUGCAGAUAGCUUUACCGAAGAGCCUGUGGCGUUGACAGAGCCUGAGGAAACAUUGGCGCCGAACAUUGUUGCUGAUACAACCCUACCCACAGACUCCAAGACAGUUGAUGUUGCCCCUGAGGAUGACUGGAAUUUCACCACCAAGAAAGGAAAGAAGGCCAAGAAGAGCCGAGGGCCAUUCGCCAACACUGACCUUGCUACACCUGAUGACGAGACCGAACACAUGAAUAAUGAGCCUAUCUUCACAAAGGAAGCGUCGGACCCGAGUAAAAUUGGUGAAGCUGGAACGGAUAUAAAUCCUCAGUCUUUGUCGGAGGCUCCAGAUAUGGAGACGUUUGCUCCUGUCAGCCGGAAAAAGUCCAAGAAGGACAAGAAGAAGAAAGCACUCGCUUUCUGGGCUGAAUCUGAGGAGGGACGAGACAAUGAAAUUACAGAGACUUCGACACAAUCUACGCCUGAAGCAGAACAGUCUCGUCAGGAUCAAGAUAACCAGGGACCUCGGAUGGUUUCUAUCCCUGAGACAGAGGCUCUUCCUCUUCCGCCAACCGUUGAAACAGCAGUACGGGAUCCGACCUUGAUGAUGGCUGGGACUGGGAAUGCCCUGGAGCUGGCUGGCAUCGCGUCUGCUGCAGCAUCUGUUGAUGAGCCAGUAGAACAAGCUCGAAGCCUCGAUGCUGCUGAAGCUUUUGGCAACCAUAUGCUCGCCCGGGAAGAUCUUAUCCACCAAGAUCCAAGGUCAGAUGGUCAGGAGCUGGUCGAGGAACAUGGUGCUAGCAAAGACAAGAAAAACAAAAAGAAGAACCGGCAAUUUGAGUUUGACGGGACAGAAUUACUCCAGGAGACAGUAGAGAAGAAAGGCAAGAAGAACCGCAGGCAAUUCGAGUACACAGGGGACGAAGUAUACGCUACCCGUUCUCUGGAAGGCCUUGGCCCGGCACAGAUCGAUGAAGCAGAACCAUCAAGAGGUGCAGACUUUAUCGCCGACGAAGGUCGACAAUUACAGGCUGCAGACACCAUUCAGCGUCAGGAAGAUGAAGAGGCAAUGUCUGAUGUGAGUGCAAGCACCCGAGAAAGACGGAAGCGGAGACGGUCUCCUCCUGCCUGGUCAGGACAGGAACCAGAAGACCUGCCAACAAGUCGAGCUCUCACGCCUCCUCCAGACCACGACGACAUUAUGGAUACUGCACUUGUCGUUGCUGCUGGACUGGGCAUUGGCCACACUGAACACGCAAGUUCCACAGUAGCCUCCCGCAAAGCGCCAUCACCGGUACAACAGCCCUCCGCGGGCUGGUCUUUUGCUCAACUCGGGCAAGAGCAAGAGAAUCGUGAUAGUGGGAUCCAAAUCGACUCGCCAAUGCUCACACAGGGUCAGAAUUCGUCGACCAGGGACAGUGGCUUUGUUCAAGGCGUGUCGGAGAAGGCUGAUGCUGAUAUAGACGUGUCACUGCGACCCCCCAGACCACACUCUCCCACGAGCUCGACAGAAGAUGUGUCACUGAUUGGAUCAAGGCAAGGGCACCAGGAAGAGAGACCAAUUCUGGAAACACCGAGGCGGAAGCCUUCACCCGUCGAGUCCACCUCAAAGGAUCGUUCAUCGGCAUUGUUCAACUCCUCUCCGGCGAUGCCAACGCCAAUCGACACCAGGGUUGGAGAGAGAAGCCCUGCAACCAUGUCAAGCCCUCUCCGUCGAAGCCCAAGCAUUCACGGUCAUCAUCUCAGUCGAGAGGAGCUGAGGCACAAAGCCAAAUCGCCGCAUACUCUAGGGCCAAACGACAUGUUAGCGUCGAGUCCCCUCGGUAGGUCCGUCCCGACGGAGGUCAAACCGACGGCAUUCGAAGCUCAAAAUGGCGAUCGUUCAUUCUCACCACGUAACUCGCUCAACACCAUUCGUGAGGAGACGGCAGAUGUUCAUCCGAGGGCUACUCAGACGCACCCAUUUGCAGGACCGCCCAUUUCACUGCUGCCACAGUCUCGAUCGGAGAACAACCGGUUGAUGGGGGCCGGGGUGGUGGGCAUGAUGGCACGUGAUCUGGGACCCGCCAAAUCUCUUGGCAACAGCAAAUCGCGGACUUCGUCGUUGCGCAGUUUGCGCGGCUCUUCCGAUCAACUCGACCGCUCCGUGCACAGUCCUCCACCCACUAAGUCCGUGCAUGAUCAGGAUCCAGGCAAGGCUGUCUCCCGCGAUAGGGACAUGGCAGACGUCUAUGAUGGCUAUGGCUCCUACCCAGGCAGCCCCAAGUCGCCGACACGACCACCUAGCAUCCGCCGCCGACAAAGUAUGCAACAGAUCAAGGACCUCGAGGCAAGGCUGGAUCAACUCGCCUCUGAAAACCGCGCUCUAGCGGAAGCCAAGAUGAUGGCCGAGCAGUCCCUGGAGCAUGCCCACUUUGAGCGUAACCAGGCGGAGCGAUCAAUGAAUGUCCCGGAUGAUACAACGGGUCAAUUACAAGAGAGGGACGCGGAAAUCGCGCGGCUGAAGGAACAGAUAGCUGACUUGGUUGCCACCCACGAGAACCUGAGACGAGAGCACGAACAAAGCCUGGCUACUCUGCAGCAAGAUCACGAGUAUGCGCAGAAUCAAUGGCAGGAAUCAUCUCGGGAGCUCGAAGCACUGCGUUCUCGUCAUGCCGAACUGUCGAAUGGUAUGGAGUCAAUUGUGAGACACGAGAUCGAUACGGCGCUUGCGGAAAAGGAUGCCCAAGUCCAACAACUGCGGCAAGACCUCGAGGAGGCACGGGAAAAGAUCCGAGAAUUGCAGUCCGAAAUCCUAAAAAAGGGUGCCGACAACGUGAUUGAUUUCCACGAUGAAGACUACUUUGACGGGGCUUGCCAGAACCUGUGUCAACAGGUGCAAGGCUGGGUGCUCAGGUUCUCCAAGUAUAACGAUCUCAAGAUGUGCCGGACCACCAACGAAGUGCGCGAUGAGAAAGUGGUGGACCGAUUCGACAAUGCCAUCCUCGAUGGGUCAGAGGUGGACGUUUAUUUAGCCGACCGUGUCAAACGUCGCGAUGUUUUCAUGUCGGUCGUGAUGACCAUGAUCUGGGAAUAUGUCUUCACCCGGUAUCUCUUUGGCAUGGACCGUGAGCAACGCCAAAAGUUGAAGCAGCUGGAAAAGAAUCUCGCCGAAGUUGGGCCUGCGAGUGCGGUGCACCAGUGGAGAGCUCUGACGCUCACUUUGCUCUCGAAACGUGAGAGCUUUAAAGCAUUACGGGAGAAUGACACGGAGGCCGUCGCCAUUGAGAUUUUCAGCACCCUGUCGAGAUUCCUCCCUCCACCACAACAUCUGGAAGAACAGAUCAUCGGCUCGCUGCGGAACGUCAUGCACACGGCGGUAGAUCUCUCGAUCGAAAUGCGUACGCAAAGGGCGGAGUAUAUCAUGCUGCCACCACUGCAGCCGGAGUAUGACACCAACGGCGACCUUGCCCGCAAAGUGUAUUUCAAUGCGAGCCUGAUGAAUGAGAGAAGCGGCGAAACCACGAGUAAUGAAGAGCUGGAGCGAAACAAGGCUGUGGUUCGUAUGGUACUGUUUCCGCUUGUGGUGAAGAAGGGCGAUGACAAUGGGGUUGGUGAUGACGAAAUCGUUGUCUGUCCAGCACAGGUCCUGAUCGCCCGGCCAGACAAGGGAAAGAGGGCCAAGAGCUCACGAGUGGCCAGUGGAGGCAGCGUGGGCGAUCGAAUGAUGGUACAGCAAGAUGCACGAAGUCUUGGAGCCAUCAGCACUCAUAGCCUGGGUGCCAUGAGCGGGAUUGAGACCAACGAUAACAUGUUUUAGGGGAGGGUUGUUUGUGAUGUUCUGCUGUAUAUUCUAAUAUGGGCAUGGCAAGGGACGUACGUGGAUAUGGCUGUCCGUUUACCACGUUGGGCGAGGUUCUCAUGAGUUACGAAUUUCCUUUGCAUCUACUUCUACAGGGCACAUUAGACAGUGUACAGCAAAUUUGUGUUCCACCGAGACUCCAGGGAAUGUUCGGGCGAUACGAGAUGUUCAUACAGCAUCUUUGAACUGUACCGUUGGUACUCGGUUAUUUAGCGUCUGUUGACUGUAGAUGAUAAAAGUGUUGAGCAGUUAGCCAAGUUGUAUCUGAGCCAAAUUCUUCGAAAUA